UGUGUUUGCUUAGCCCUCAAGUAACCUCCCUAAUUCUGGUAUUACUGGUUAGGCUUCCGUGAGUUGUCAGAUGUCUGAAAUAAUGUACAUGAGUGUUUGUGUUCCAGCGAGUGGAUUUCAACCUUGUUUGAUCUCAAUGUAUUGGUGCAGGUGAUAUCGUGAGAGUAGAAGAGUGUCCGAAGAUCUUUUCCUUGGAGGAGUCAGUGAAGAGCUCUUGCUAAAAGAACAACUUCCCAAGAGUGUUUUCAGCGUUUCCUUCACUUUUGUCCAUAUCUGCUGGCUGGGAUGAAGGGGCUCGGGAGCCUAAGUGUCAGGCUCCUGUCGGCCUUCUUCUCCACUACCUUUGGUCUUUAUUUCCCUCCUCAAGUGGAGCAGCUGCCGACCAUCACGGCUCAGACCUCAGGCUCUCUCAUUGCCUUGCCAUAUGAUGAGAACAUCCUGUUCAAGUGUGAAGCCAAAGGCAACCCAAGACCAACGUACCGCUGGACAAAAGAUGGCAUGGAUUUCGACCCACAUAAAGACCCCCGGCUGAUUAAAAAAGAAAGUAGUGGGACUUUUGAGAUACCGAACAAUAAAGAUAAAGUGAAAUACCGGGGAAAGUACAGAUGUUAUGCCUCUAACAAGCUCGGAACUGCAAUAUCAGAGGAAGCAGAAUUGAUUGUGCCUGUGGUACCCAAGUUUCCCAAAGUGACGACAGAGCCAUUGGUGGUCACAGAGGGCGAAUCAGUGGUUUUGGAGUGUAACCCGCCACAAGGGAUUCCACCAUGGCAGCUGUACUGGAUGACCAAAGAUCUUCGGCACAUUGAGCAGAAUGAGAGGGUGUCCAUGGGCCUCAAUGGGAAUCUGUACUUCUCAAAUACACUGCUGUCUGACAGCCAUGAUGACUACUGCUGUUUUGCCUCCUUUUCCAGGAUACGCACAAUUGUUCAGAAACCCCGCAUGGCCCUGAAGGUCAAGCCAAUAAAUUCAAGCCAAGGGGAUGAUGGCAUCAUGAGUGUUCAGGAGAGAAAGCCGAACAUUUUGGUGCCCUCCAGUCAUUCAACGACAUUCCUAAAAAAAGGAGAAGAGCUGGAGCUGGAGUGUAUCGCAGAAGGACUGCCUACACCGAAGGUAGAAUGGAUACGGGAUAAUUUACCGAAGCGCUCUCUUAUCAAAAACUUUGGAAAGGUUCUGACUAUACCAAAUAUCACAGAACUGGAUGAAGGGAAAUACAUGUGCAAAGCAAAGAAUGAUCUUGAUGAAGCUGUGCGUCAUUUCAACAUUGUUGUGGAAGAGCCGCCCAGCUGGCAGGAGGAGCCAGUGAAGAGUCAGUUAGCAGAGAUUGGAUCUGACAUCCACAUCAAGUGUUCAGCUAUGGGAAAGCCACAACCCACAAUCACCUGGAAGAGAAACGGCCAGCCCCUCGAUGAUUUCCCUUCUACCAGUCACAGAGUGCUUGAUGACAGAAUAAUCAUUCUCAGAGCGGAGGAGAGAGACACUGCAGUGUACCAGUGUGAAGCCUCCAACAAACACGGGACCAUACUUGCCAAUACGAACGUGCUUGUCAUGAAUCAUCCUCCUUUGAUUCUGACGCAGAAUUAUCUGGAGUACGCAACCAUGUUAGGCAAGAGUGUGAUUAUGGACUGCAAAGUCUUUAGCUCACCACCUGCCGCCCUUAACUGGAGAAGAGAAGACCCAGAGGGCUCUGUAGAUGGAGAGAGAUAUUCUCUCCUGAAGAAUGGCUCUCUGCAGAUUCACAAAGUGGAGAUGGAAGAUAUGGGCCAGUACAAAUGUUCGGCAAGCAACUCUGAGGGCACCGCCAGCAUCACCACUGAACUUUUCAUCAAAGAUUCAACUAGGAUCGUAGAACCUCCUCAAGACAUAAAGGUCGUAAGAGGAUCUAUGGCCGAGCUGGAGUGCCAGGUGGAGUGUGACCCCACCCUCAGAAGACAGCUGGAGAUCUUGUGGAUGAAGGAUGGGAUAAAUAUCCUCUCCAACUUCUCAGAAAAAUAUUUCGCAGAGGAUGGAAUUCUCCAGAUUUUCAAUGUGAGCAACAGUGGUCAAGGGAAAUACACCUGCAUUGUUCAAACGCCACUGGACCAGGAUACAGCUUCUGCAUACAUAACUGUGUUAGAUGUCCCUGAUCCACCGGUUCAACUGACGCUCACCGAUCUGAAAGACCGCAGCGUGAGGCUCAACUGGGCGGCUGCUGGUGAUCAUAACAGUCCCAUAACAGAGUUCAUCAUCCAGUAUGAAGAGAACCACUGGGAACCCGGGACGUGGAAGGAGCUUCUACGAGUGGCUAGCAGCCAGUUCUCGGCCCCCUUGACACUCUAUGGCCACAUUAACUACCAGUUCAGAGUCAUCGCUGUCAAUGCUAUAGGGAGAAGUCAUCCCAGCUUGCCAUCCGAAAGAUAUAAGACGCCUCCUUGUGCUCCCGACAGGAACCCAGAAAACAUUAAGAUUGAGGGUCACCUGCCACAUCAGAUGGACAUCAGCUGGGAGCCGCUCUUGCCUGUGGAGCACAACGGUCCCGGUCUGGAAUACAAACUGAGCUACAGGCUCCUGGGUGUCGAGGACAGUUGGAAAGAACAGAUGGUGAAGAGACACUCAUUUGUGGUGCGAGACACCCCAACGUUCAUCCCCUACGAGGUCAAGAUCCAGGCCUUCAACCACCACGGGUGGGCACCAGAACCCCGAACGGUGACUGGUUAUUCCGGGGAAGACUUGCCCUUGGCGCCUCCUGGGGAUGUAUCUGUGGAGGUGUUGAACUCUACACUGCUGAGGGUCAGCUGGUCACCAGUGCCCCAAACCACCCUGAGGGGCCAUCUUGGAGGAUACACUGUGCACUGGUGGCGAACUCAAAGUCUGUUGACCUCUGAGAGUAUUCCCUCAGAGAGACAGUCUCUCAAUAUCCCUGGAAACAGGAGUCACACCAUAGUGCCGGGACUAAAGCCAUUCUCUAAAUAUAACCUGACUGUCAACGUCUUUAACCGAAGAGGGAAUGGGCCCAGCAGCAGUCCCAUCUCUUUCACAACUCCACAGGGAGUUCCUAAGAAACCUUACGACCUGAAAGCCACAAACUUUCAGAAAGACUCCAUCAAGUUGGUGUGGGCGCCUCCACUCGAAACCAAUGGGUUUCUCACGGGAUACUUGCUGCAAUACCAGACAGUUAAUGAGACUGUGGGUAAGCUGAUCUCUGUGAACAUCAGUGCACCAGAUACUACAGAUUGGGUCUUGCAUGAUCUACAGGAAGACAACUGGUAUAAGUUCUACCUGAGAGCGUGUACGCAAGUGGGCUGUGGGUCAGCCAUCAGCGAGGAAGGAAGCACCGUCCCCGAAGCAUUUACUAUGCCUGAAAAUUCACUUGCUGAAGUUUCCACAGUCUCAGCUGAGACUUCGACCGAGAGCUAUGAACUGUCAACAUCUGAAGUGACAUCAUCCGAGUUGAGGCAACCUUUCUCUUUCACCUCACCUAAUACAGACACUCCUUCUGUCAAUGCCAUAUUUCCUACCUUAGUUGUUCUCAACAUAUCCACCUUUGUAAGUGACACCUCUGCAAGAAUCAGCUGGAGAACCAGUGGGGAACGGUCUGAUUCACAGCUCUAUGUUGCAAUAAUGAAUCACCGUGAUGGUAUCUGGCAGCUUUCAGAGGCUUUAAAUACAUCUAAAGGUUUCCACACCGUUGAAGGGCUCAGCCCGGGAACUGUGUACACAGUCCGGCUGCAGGCUUCACAUGGGGUUGAUGGCCCUAGCAUUUUUGAAGAGGUUUUCAAGACUAGGAAAGUGUCUAGUAAGCAAGCGGCGGGAUCCCAGGAGUGGUUUGUGGGGAUGUUGUGCGCGGUGGCUUUACUGACUCUACUCGUCCUCAUCGGCUGUUUUGUGCUCAAGAACAAAGGCGGCAAGUAUGCAGUGAAGGAAAAGGAGGAGUCUCCCGCUGAUGUGGAAUCUCAAGGCCUGGAAGAAGAAACCCCCUGCGAGUACAGUGACAAUGACGAGAAGCCGUUAAAAAGCAGCCAGCAAUUGCUCAGAGACGUCAACGAGGACGAUAGCAGUGAAGACUGCUCUGUGAUAUCAGACGAUGAGGACUGCGACUUCAACGAAGACGGGUCGUUCAUCGGCGAGUACUCGGGACACAAGCGCAGGGUGUCCAUGGAGGUGAACGGACACGCCCCUGGGACUUCUUAAUGUUGGUUCAGUCUUAUGAACUUUUAAACUAUUUGACAGGGAGAAAAAAACGAUUGUUUGCAUGUAUGAUGUGCCUUGGAUGUUUGUUUGUUUUUUUAAGUUUGCUUUUGCACGAAUGGCCACUUCUUUAAAGUAUUAAUAUGAAGGGUGAUGGCAGGUUAUAAUUCAGCACAACAUGAAAAUGACUCAUCGCUAUGUUGUUUCAAACUCAAGGUAGGACUUUCUGAGACGUUUAGUAGAAUGUUCAAGUAGCUCUUUCCAUACAAUACAAAUAAAUGGCAAUCAGGGGCUUUAAAACUCAGAACAUAAAUUCUGUAUCACAUGAAAGACUUUGAAUAUAGCUAUCAGUCGAAGUCAUUACUGGUAAAUGAAGACAGAAAGUAUGUUAUUGGGCAAGCUGGUUGUUCACUUUGAAAUUAAUUUUUGAUAUGUUUUAGCUUACCU